AAAAACAAAUUAAAAUGUAAACAAUUUCUUUUAAUUAUCAGGAAAAAAAUCUUGAUUUUCAAAAAUAAAAAUCUGAAAACUGAACGAAACACGUACAGCCAGCACGUCCCGAAAAUAUCUGGGAAGAGAGAAAUCCAAAGCAAACUACUUUCUUCCUUUCUCCUUUAUUUUCUCUCCUCUGUUUUCGCCUUCCUUUCAUUUUCCGAUUUUCACUUGAAUCCACCCCUCCAUUCAUGCCGUGAUAUAUUCUUGAAACACCCGAAAAGCCAUGCAGCAGAGGGCCGCUAAAUCCUCCCCUGCUUGCGCUUCCUGUAAAUACCAACGAAGGAAAUGCGGACCCAAUUGCCCUCUUGCACCUUUCUUCCCCGCCCACCUCCAGAGAGAAUUCCUCAACGCCCACCGUCUCUUCGGCGUCAGCAACAUCGUCAAGAUAACGGCCAACCUCGACCCUCACCAGAAAAAGAUUGCCAUGAAUUCGAUCAUAUAUCAGGGCAAUGUUCGUGCUGGCGACCCUGUUGGGGGGUGUUACAGGAUUAUCUGCGAUUUGCAGCAACAGAUUGACUUUGCUACGGCCCAGCUAGAAAUGGUGCGUACCCAGAUUGCGAUUUGCAAGACCCAGUUAGCCAGGGAGGUGAUUCAAGGGGAGGAGACUGUCCCAGCAGUGCAGGGGCUUACCAUUGACGUGGAUGAUGAUGAUGAUUUCGAAAUGUACGACGCCGGACGGGCACCUGUACCGGCCAUGGAGUAUCGGCAACAGGGGGUUCAUUACGAGAAUCAAUUAGGACAGCAUAAACAAAAGGUGAUUGUUCAUGAUUACGGUGGUAAUUAUGGCUUAUCGUCUCAAGUAUAUGAGGUGUUCGACCGUGGGUCUGUUAAAACUGAGAUGGCUGCUGAAUCUUCACCUUUCUCAACUGUGCAUGGGAAAAAUGUUUUUGCAGAUUUAGGUGAAGAUGAGAACCAAAUUAUUGGGGGUCUUCAUGAGAGAGAUGCCAGACUGGUUCCAUGCAGCAACAAAAAUGUCUUCAAGGAAGAGGUGCAGUCAAUCCAGCAAGAGCAAAAGAUUGAACUGAAGGAUGCUGCUUCCUCAUUCAGUCUCACUAAUGGGGAGAGAUAGAGCAGAAUAAGAAAAAAUUCAUCUCAAGUAGGAACUGUUAUUUAGGGUUGUAUGUUUGUAGGUAACAGAAAGUGGAGCAGUUUUCCUGGAAGGGAUAGCCACGUUGUAUCAUGAAUAGUAGUUUUUUCAUUAAUUUUACUAGAUGUGCUGCAUUUUUACUGAAUUCACAGUCUCUGCUUUUUAUUUUUAUUUUUUAUAAAUAGAGACAUGCGUU